AUGGGGAUGGAUGCCCAGGAAGCACUCACAAAGAGUGGUGAAGAUAGAGAUGUGGAGAAGAGAAUUAGGGAUCAGCUGGUGGAGCUGAAUCCCAUAGAUAAAGAGGAGGCCGUGAAGAAACUUGUGAACAGGGACAGAAAGGCCGCGAAUGAGAAAGUCGACAAAAGUGGCAGUAUUGAGGCCGAGAUGCUCCGCAAGACGGCCCUGCUCCUCCUUGUGGUCGGCGCCGCCGCCGCCGCGAUGGGGCCGCCGGACGGUCCCGAGAAGGUAGAGGUGUCCUCGCUGGAGAUGUACGUGGACCAGCUCCCUCAGAUGCCCAAGAUCUAUGGCUACAACGCCACGGCGGCUAACCUCACCGUGGGGAUGUUCCAGAUAAAAUGGAAAUUCCACCGCGACCUGCCUCCGUCCACUGUGUUCGCAUUCGGCACGUCGGCAGAGGUGGCCACCUUCCCGGGGCCCACCAUCGAGGCCCUGCAGGGUGUCCCGCUGCAGGUGACAUGGGAGAACCACCUGCCCCGUCGUCACAUCCUACCGUGGGACCCCACCCUGUCGGCCGCCGUCCCCAAGCGCGGGGGCAUCCCCACCGUCGUUCACCUGCACGGCGGCGUCCAUCCGCCGCAAUCCGACGGCAGCGCAAUGGCCUGGUUCACUGGAGGCUUCAACGAGACGGGCGCUACGUGGAGCACACCGUCCUACUCCUACCCAAACGCCCAGGGCCCCGGCGUGCUCUGGUACCACGACCACGCCCUCGGCCUCACCCGCGUCAACCUCCUCGCCGGCCUCCUCGGUGCCUACAUCAUCCGUAACCCGGUCGUGGAGGGGCCGCUCGGCCUCCCCUCCGGGGACGACUUGGACCGGGUGCUGGUGCUCGCCGACCGUAGCUUCAACGACGACGGGUCCAUCUACAUGAACAGUACCGGCGACAACCCAGGAACGCACCCCCAGUGGCGGAUGGAGUACUUCGGCGAGGCCAUCACGGUCAACGGCAAGGCGUGGCCGUUCCUCUCGGUUGCGCGCCGCCGGUACCGCUUCCGUAUCAUCAACGCCUGCAACGCGCGCUACUUCAACCUCUCCUUCACCAAUAGCCUCCCCUUCCACGUCGUAGGCUCCGACGCCGCCUACCUGUCCCGUCCGGUGACAACGGCCCACCUACUCGUCGCCGUUGCCGAGGCGUUCGACGUCGUUGUCGACUUCGCUGGUGGGAAUAAUGGAAGCGCCGAUGCCGAGAUGGUCAACACCGCGCCGUAUCCCUACCCCGGGGGCGACGCGCCGAAUCAGCUAAACGGCAAGGUGAUGAAGUUCGUCAUCACGCAACAGACGACGACGGACAACUCUACGGUGCCGGCGAAGCUGCUCGAGUAUGUCAAGGUUGCCGAGGAAGAGGCUGUGCAGAGGCGGUACAUCGUGCUCUCCCCCUACGGGAACGGCAACGGCACCGGGGGGAUGGGUGGCAUGGAGGGCAUGGGCGGCAUGGAGGGCAUGGGCAGUCCGCUACAUCUGUACAUCAACGGGAAGCGGCCCGAGGACCCGGUGACGGAGACGCCGCGUGCUGGCACCACCGAGGUCUGGGAGGUCAUCAACCUCACCCCGGAAGAUCACCCCAUCCAUUUGCAUCUUGCAAGUAUCCAGGCGGUCCGUGCCCGUGCCCUCGACCAACUGGAGGAGUUCAUGAGCUGUGUGACCAUGCUCAACGACGCCGAGAAAUGCAACGUGAGCCAGCACGCCGUGGGGGAGGCGGCGGAGGUGCCGGAGCACGAGAGGGCGUGGAAGAAUGUCGCCAAGAUUGCCCCGGGAUACAUGACCACACUCGUCGUCAACUUCUUCUUGGUGGAGACGGGUGAACCUUACCCCUUCGACGCCGCAGCUGAGCCUGGCUAUGUCUACCAUUGCCACAUUUUGGAUCACGAGGAUAACGCCAUGGUUCGCCCUCUAAAACUGAUCAAACCAGGAGACAUAUCUGGACAAGAUCCAUUUCCUAGCAUAUACAACGAUGGUUUGACCGGUUAUGGUCUGGGAUUCUCCAUCUCCGAUGUGUAUUAUUAUUAUAUUUCUAUGGCAUCACUAGUGCAGAAUUUUUAA